AUGAUGAAGGCCGGAUUCUCUGGAGAGGAGGCGCCGCGUGCUGUAUUUCCCAGCAUUAUCGGUCGAGGAACGGACGAGUAUCCUUUCUACGUUGGUGAUGAAGCCGUGUCCAAGCGUGAAACUGAAAGUUUGACGCUGAAAUAUCCUAUUGAGCACGGUAUUGUGACGAACUGGGACGACAUGGAAAAGAUUUGGGACCACACCUUCAAAGAUGGGCUUCGUGUCAAUCCAAGCGAACAUCCGGCGGUGCUUAUGACUGAAGCUCCUCUGAAUCCUGCGGCAAAUCGCGAGGAGAUGGCGCGGAUUUUGUUUGAGACUUUCAACGUGCAGGCAAUGUAUGUCGCCCUUGAGGCCGUGCUCUCCAUGUACGCCGCCGGUCGUACCACUGGAAUUGUUCUGAACUCCGGUUAUGGCGUGACGCACGCUGUCCCCAUCAUCGAGGGUAACGCUCUGCCACACGCGAUUCUCCGUUUGGACCUUGCCGGUCGUGAUUUGACUUCGUCCAUGGUUUCGAUGUUGUGUGAGAGGGGUCACGCCUUUACCACAUCUGCCGAGCGGCAAAUUGUGAAGGACAUCAAGGAGAAGCUCGCAUUUGUUGCUCUUGACUUUCAGAAUGAGAUGGCUUCGCUGGCGACAUCUGACUUGGAGAGUAAGUAUGAGCUUCCUGAUAGCGAGACUAUUACCGUUGGUUCGGAGCGAUUUAGGUGCCCAGAAGCGCUCUUCAACCCAGGGUUGGCUGGCAAGGAAGGCUCGGAUGUGGAUUACCAAGCAGGAGUACGAUGA